AUGCCGUCGCUAGGGGCCAGCUACCAGCAGUCGAUGCUGAACCACCCUUAUGGCUAUGCGUUAUACGAACCGGAGUCAUCCAUAACUCUUCAACCGGGCUUUUGCGGCUAUCUCACCGAGCUCGGGCAAUGGACGCCGCUCUUGGGAGUCGAUCAAGCACCGAUCAACCUGGGCGACGCGUCGUCGCUCGCUCGCAACGGCCUCACGCCGUUUGCCCACUUCCAGCGAGCUCCUUCCGACGAGCGAGCAUGGGGUCCGAAGAUGUCCGGUCGCAUGAAGCAGAGAAAGGUAGAUUGGGACGUGGGAGCGUCGCUGCUACCGGCCGGGAUCCCGGCGGAUAUCGGCACGCUGUACAAAUACAGCACGAAGGACGGCUUUGGCGCGAUCUUGAUGACCGAAGGUCCGGUGGUGAAGGAGUUCAUUUACGGCACGACCCCUUUUCGUCAAUGGUGUAAAGCCAACUCGGAAACCAUCCUGCGACAGUGGCCGGACGUCCGGGAUCGCGGGUUAAUUAUCGUCACAUCCGCCUACACGACCAAGCAUGCCAUGAUCAAUGCCUGGUCGGAAACGGAGAAGGAGAUCGCGAUCGGCUUCCGCGCCGGGGCGAUUGAGAUCGGCGAGGUGGCGCCUUCGACUGCGUGGUACACGUCGAACGGAGACAGUGGGUGGGUGACAUCGAAAGCCAAUCAGCCAAAUGAGAGGAAGGUGGUCUUCUUCGGGGGCUUGCAUUUCAAGUAUCGCAAGCUGGCAGCCAUCCUGCCUCAGUCGCACGCCUUCAGCGCGGGCUCGGUGGAGAAAGCGCGGUUUCGCGACGCGGACCCGGAAGCCCGCGAGUUCCAGGUGCGCGAACAAGUCAACAAGGAGGACCCAUCGGAUCUUCUAGUCACGUCGGAGGAGUUGGGAGAGAUGGUGGAUUUCCCACGCGAGGAAGGAGAAGGCGAUGAAGAGGAGGAAGAAGACGACGAUUUCUAG